UUCUGAAAUCUUAAUGAUGGCACACAUAUUUCAACUGGUGAAUCAAAAUGAUCUCUCACAGAAGCCAACACAAAGGUAAAUAAAUGGCAGAUGAUGGCAUCAGCCUGGCUUCUCACACCCAUACCUCACUAGAGAGGUGGUAGGGACACCCAGGGGAGCAGCAAUAGUAGAGGCACUGUGGAUUCCUUUCCUUGACCACCUCCUUUCAGUGUGCCUCACGGGAACCAAAUACGCCUGUGGAAGAGGAGGCUGCGGUGCCUGCACUGUGAUGGUGUCUGAACAUGACCCUGUGUCCAGGAAGAUAAGGCACUUCUCCGUCACUGCAUGCCUGGUACCCAUCUGUUCUCUGUAUGGAGCAGCUGUCACCACCAUAGAAGGUGUUGGAAGCCUCAAAACCAGGCUUCACCCUGUGCAGGAGAGGAUCGCCAAGAGCCAUGGCACGCAGUGUGGCUUCUGCACCCCAGGAAUGGUGAUGUCCAUGUAUGCACUGCUCAGGAACCACCCGCAGCCCUCAGAGGAGCAGCUCCUGGAAGCCCUGGGAGGUAAUCUGUGCCGCUGCACUGGGUAUCGGCCAAUUCUCCAGAGUGGACGGACCUUUUGCAUGGAAUCAAAUGGCUGUCAAAAGAAAGGAACAGGAAAAUGCUGCUUGGAUCAGGAGGAAAAUCAGUCCUCACUUGACAAGAGAAGUGAUAUUUGCACAGAAUUGUUUGUAAAAGAAGAGUUCCAGCCCUUGGAUCCCACCCAGGAGCCCAUAUUUCCUCCAGAACUCUUGAGAAUGGCAGAGAACCCAGAAAAACACACCUUGACCUUCCCUGGAGAGAGGAUUACCUGGAUCUCCCCUGGGACCCUUGGCGACCUCCUGGAACUAAAGGUGAAGCACCCUGAGGCCCCCCUCAUCCUGGGCAACACUUCACUGGGGCCUGCAAUGAAAUCUCAAGGGCAUUUUCAUCCAAUUCUUCUUUCUCCUGCAAGGAUUCCAGAGUUGCGUGUGGUGUCUAUAACAAGUGAUGGGCUGACCAUAGGUGCUGGCUGUAGUCUGGCUCAGGUGAAGGACAUCUUGGCUGAGAGGGUUUCCGUGCUCCCUGAAGAGAAGACGCAGACUUAUCAAGCCCUCCUGAAGCAGCUCAAGAGUUUGGCCGCUCAGCAGAUCCGAAACAUGGCGUCCUUAGGAGGCCACAUCAUGAGUCGACACUGCUAUUCAGAUCUGAAUCCAGUUCUGGCGGUGAGCAAUGCCAUCCUCAACCUGAGAUCGGAAGAAGGUACACGGCAGAUUCCCCUGGACGAACAUUUUCUCUCCAGACUGGCAAGUGCAGAUCUUAAGCCAGAGGAGAUUCUGGAGUCUGUGUAUAUUCCUCACUCCCAGAAGUGGGAGUUUGUGUCAGCCUUCCGACAGGCUCCUUGCCCGCAGAAUGCCCUGGCCGAUGUGACAGCCAGCAUGCGCGUCCUCCUCAGGGAAGGCACAGAUACCAUCGCAGACCUGGGCAUCGCCUUUGGAGGGGUGGGCACUGCCACAGUCAUCGCCCAGAAAUCCUGCCAUCAGCUCCUCGGGAGGCGCUGGAAUGAGCUGAUGCUGGAUGAGGCUUGCAGGCUGCUUCUGGAUGAAGUCUCCCUCCCAGGAUGGGCUCCCGGGGGGAAGGUAGAAUUCAAGAGAACGCUGCUGGUUAGCUUCCUCUUCAAAUUCUACCUCCAUGUCCUGCGGGAAUUGAAGGAGCUGGUCAAGCCACACUCUGUACCUGGCAGCCACCGGUACCCUGAAAUACCAGAGCGAUUCCUAAGUGCUCUAGAAGAUUUCCCAGUCACGGUACCCAAGGGAGUCCAAAGGUUCCAGAAUGUGGAUUCUCAACAACCCCUCCAAGAUCCAGUAGGACGUCCCAUCAUGCACCUUUCAGGCUUUAAACAUGCAACAGGUGAAGCCAUGUUUUGUGAUGACAUACCCAAGGUGGACAGAGAGCUCUUCGUGGCUUUGUUGACUAGCACCCGGGCCCAUGCAAAAAUCAUAUCAAUUGAUUUGUCUGAAGCCCUCAAACUGCCUGGGGUCGUUGAUGUAAUAACAGCUGAGGACAUUCCAGGCACCAAUGGUGCUGAAGACGACAAGCUCUUGGCGGUAGAUGAGGUGCUCUGUGUGGGCCAGAUCAUCUGUGCUGUGGCUGCAGAGACAGAAGUACAGGCAAAGCGAGCGACUGAGAAGAUAAGGACCACAUAUGAAGAUCUUGAGCCUGUCAUCUUCACCAUUGAGGAUGCCAUAAAACACAACUCAUUCCUGUGCUCUGAAAAAAAACUUGAACAAGGAAACAUUGAGGAGGCAUUUGAAAAAGUAGAUCAAAUUAUUGAAGGAGAAGUCCAUGUUGGAGGCCAGGAACAUUUUUAUAUGGAAACACAAAGAGUGCUUGUUAUUCCAAAGACAGAAGAUAAAGAACUGGAAAUGUAUGUGUCGACACAGGACCCAGCCCAUGUGCAGAAAACUGUGUCCUCUACCUUGAACAUCCCCAUCAACAGGAUCACAUGUCAUGUAAAGCGAGUGGGUGGAGGUUUUGGCGGGAAGGUAGGAAGACCAGCUGUCUUCGGAGCUAUUGCAGCUGUGGCUGCAGUCAAAACUGGCCGUCCCAUUCGCCUUGUUCUUGGCCGUGAAGAUGACAUGUUAAUAACUGGGGGGAGACACCCACUCUUUGGAAAAUAUAAAGUGGGAUUCAUGAACAAUGGACGGAUCAAAGCUCUAGACAUCGAGUGCUUCAUUAACGGAGGCUGCACCUUGGAUGACUCAGAGCUGGUGACAGAAUUUCUCAUUCUAAAGCUGGAAAAUGCAUAUAAGAUCCGAAACCUUAGAUUCCGGGGUCGUGCAUGCAUGACACAUUUACCAUCCAACACAGCCUUUCGAGGAUUCGGAUUCCCACAAGGGUGCCUGGUGACUGAGUCUUGCAUCACAGCCGUGGCAGCCAGAUGCGGCCUUUUGCCUGAAAAGGUUAGGGAGAAAAACAUGUACAAAACCGUUGAUAAAACCAUCUACAAGCAGGCGUUCAGCCCUGAGAACCUGAUAAGAUGCUGGAACGAAUGCCUGGACAAGUCCUCCUUUCACGACAGAAGAAAGGAAGUAGAAGAGUUCAACAAGAAGAAUUACUGGAAGAAGAGAGGCAUUGCUAUUAUCCCCAUGAAGUUUUCGGUUGGCUUUGCCUUGACAAGCUACCAUCAGGCAGCUGCACUUGUUCACAUCUACACAGACGGAUCUGUACUGGUCACACAUGGAGGCAAUGAACUGGGACAAGGUAUUCACACCAAAAUGCUACAGGUGGCCAGUCGUGAAUUAAAAAUACCCAUGACUCAUAUGCACAUCUGUGAAACCAGCACCGCCACGGUGCCAAACACAGUCGCCACCGCAGCAUCCAUUGGCUCUGAUGUCAAUGGCAGAGCUGUGCAGAACGCUUGUCAGAUCCUUCUGAACCGCCUGGAGCCCAUCAUUAAGAAAAAUCCAGAGGGCACAUGGGAAGACUGGAUAGAAGCUGCUUUUGAACAAAGGAUCAGUCUUUCCGCCACUGGAUACUUCAGGGGCUACAAGGCCUUCAUGGACUGGGAGAAGGGAGAGGGAGACCCAUUUCCUUACUAUGUCUAUGGUGCAGCCUGUUCUGAGGUUGAAAUUGACUGCCUGACAGGAGCCCACAAAAAAAUCAGAACCGAUAUCGUCAUGGAUGCAUGUUGCAGCCUGAACCCAGCCAUUGACAUUGGCCAGAUUGAAGGUGCCUUUAUCCAGGGGAUGGGUCUAUAUACCACUGAAGAGCUGAAAUAUUCCCCAGAAGGUGUCCUGUAUUCCCGAGGCCCAGAUGAGUACAAAAUUCCAACCAUCACUGACAUCCCAGAGAAGUUCAAUGUCUCUCUGUUGCCAUCAUCAACAACCCCUCUAAGCAUCUAUUCAUCCAAGGGAUUGGGGGAGUCUGGGAUGUUCCUGGGGUCCUCUGUGUUCUUUGCUGUGGCUGACGCAGUGGCUGCAGCACGCAGAGAGAGGGACGCAGCCGAGGACUUGACAGUGAAUAGCCCGGCCACAGCUGAGCAGGUUCGAAUGGCCUGUGCUGAUCGGUUCACAGAAAUGAUCCCAAGAGAUGAUCCGAAGACAUUUAAACCUUGGUCUAUCCGUAUAGCAUAACAUUGCUGUCACUUCCUAAAAGGUGUUUCAGUUUUUCCACAAGUACAAAGAUGAUCUCUUCGCCCUAACUGGACCUCCAAGCUGAUAUUCUUAUAUAGUCAUGGGAGGAAAAAAAAAAUGACAAAAUUUAGAGACAUUACUCAAGUCUAAUUUCAUUAGCUAGAUGAAUCAUUACUUACAUUUUUUUUCACAUAGAUUAUGCACUAGUCUAGUGGCUACCUGACAGAUAUUGCAAAAGCCACAAUAAGCACAUUUGGCACUGAUUUCUAUCUAACUAUAUAGCAUGUAAGUGUUGCUGGAAAAAAAAUUGUUUUUCCUUUAUGUGAUCACCCAGUCUCACUGGAUGACAUAAUACAGGUUACAGUCACAGAAUGAGAGCUACUUCUCCUAGAUAAAUAUUUGAUCACUUUUCCCAGAGAUAUGCUUGAAUCAGUAGUCACAGAACACCAGAAAAGUCCCAGAAGGUCUUGUCUAGUAUUUACUAUAAAUUAGCUAUGGUUCUAUGUAUGUGCACUUGACAGAAAAAACAUGGAAUUAUCCGCAUGUAGAUGUGCUAACUUUCUUUUGGAAUUUGAAGGGGAAAGCAAUGCCGAAACAUUUAUUAUUAUUAUUAAGAGAUGUGGAUACCAAGAGAAUGGAGAGAAAGAGGGAGUAUAAGAGACCACAGUACCAAAGCCUCCUUCAAUGUGGUGGGGUCUGGGCUUGAACCUGGGCUUUACAUUAUCCAAGUGAGCUAUUUUGCCAGCUCUACAAAAACAUUUUGAAUGUAUUAUCACAAAGCUCUACUUUUUCUAGGUGUUUAUGAAAAACAUUGAUCUCAUAACAGAGUUUCUGGGAUACGUCCCUGUUCAGCUAAAAGAAUUCUUUUCUUUCCUUUUUUUUUUUUAACCAGGGUGCUGUUCAGCUCUGGCUUAUGGUGGUGCAGGAUUGAACCUGGGACUUUGGAGCCUCAGACAGGAGAGUCUGUUUGCAUAACCAUUAUGCAAUCUACCCUCCACCCUGGCUAAAAGAAUUCUCUAUUUUUGUUUUUUUGCCUCCAGGGUUAUUGCUGGGGCUCGGUGCCUGCACCAUGAAUCCACUGCUCCUGGAGGAUAUUUUUUCCCCUUUUGUUGCCCUUGUUUUUUUUAAUUGUUGUUGUGGUUAUUAUUACUGUUGUUGUUGUUGAUGAUGAUGUUGUUGUUGGAUAGUACAGAGAGAAAUGGUGAGAGGAGGGAAAGACAGAGGGGGAGAGGAAGACACCUGCAGACCUGCCUCACCCCUGCAAGUAGGGGUGGGGGCUGAAACCUAACCUGGAUCCUUCACAUCAUAUGAGCUUAGCCUGCUGUGCUACCGCCCGGCCCCCCAGAAUUCUCUAUUUCUUCCACAGUAUUUGGGGGUUAGUGGUUUACAGUUCAGUUGUUGACUCAAAGGCACAACCUCACACCUCCCCAUGAUAGGUAUCUGCAAGAAUUCUAUAUUUUAAGCACUCUUAUGUGGUGGUUAAAAGCAUGCAGGAGGAUUAUGAAGAUAGUAAAGUAAAAAGACUUCGUGCCUGAAACUCCAAAGUCCCAGAAUCAGUCCUCGGCACCAACAUAAGCCAGAGCGAAGCGGUGCUCAAAGGAUUCACCAAAUUCCAUCAACUUGAAUUUGAGAGACCUGCAGAGGAAAAGGAAUCAGCAUGUGAAUUGGGUAUUACUGGGUCAGAAAGUUAGGAUAAACUGCAAGCAGAGAGUAAGAAGGUAAAGCUGAAGGAUGCGGUUCAGCCUGAUGGCGGCUAAAGGUUCUGGACACAAGGAGUUUUAUCUGAUCAGGCAGACCAGGCUGGACACAGCCAUCCGCAGUCCCAUCCACUGAAUCUGGAGGCUCCAUUCAGCCCCAGGGACCCAAGGGAGGAAGCAGGAAAGGAGCACAGAGAGAAAGGACAUAGGUGCAGAAUGAUCAUGGCAAGGUGAAAGUUAUGCAAGACGUGUGCUACGAAGGCUGGGAAGAUAGGAGGAGUGUGUAGGGGGUGAAAUAAGUUGAAAGUAAUCACAAUUUUUAAAAAAAGUUGGUUCAUGGUCUGGGAGGUGGCUCAGUGGAUAAAACACUGAACUCUCAAGCAUGAGGUCCUGAGUUCAAGCCCCAGCAGCACAUGUACCAGGGUGAUAUCUGGUUCUUUCUCCUCCUAUCUUUCUCACUAAUAAACAGUCUUAAAAAAAAAAAAAAAAAAACAGCUCUUUUGAAAAUAAAAUCCUUGACUGUGUAAUCUAA